AUGCCUGUCACUGGCGCCACCGGCGCCAUUCUGCGACGCUCCUUGCGUGUCUAUCAGGUCUAUGGUGCGAACACAGGAGUGGGCAAGACAGUUACAUCAGCCAUUCUAUGCGGUGCGCUGCACCGCGCCUUUCCCGAAGAACACGUUUGGUAUUUGAAGCCGGUGUCGACCGGCCCGCAGGAUCAAGCUGACGAUGGCCACCUUGCACGCUUCUCGCCACAAACACUAUCCAAGACGUUGGUUCAAUAUGGGUCUCCUGUGAGCCCGCAUGUGGCGGCUAGAGUAGCGGCUACGAAGCUCACAGAUGCUGCACUUCGCGAACAGAUACAGACGUACGUGGCUAAGUGCGCAGAAGACGGCCAGGGAACGUUGCUGAUAGAGACAGCUGGCGGUGUGCACUCGCCGACCCCAUCCGGAAGUUCGCAGGCAGACAUGUACCAGCCUCUGCGACUUCCCGUCAUCCUUGUCGGCGACCACCGGCUGGGCGGCAUUUCAGCCUCCAUCGCCGCAUUUGAGUCACUGCACAUCCGCGGCUACGACAUUAGCAGAGUAUUGGUGUUUGAGGAUGCGACAUACGAGAACCAUCUCUACCUCCGGGACUACUUUGCGGAGCGGGACAUUGCCCUUCUCUCAGUCCCACCGCCACCAUCCCCGUCGAGCACGACGGCAUCCGACUACGAGCGCAUGGCCGAAUACUACGACGAAAUGUCCUCCAGGCCUGAAGUUCUCGACACCGUCACGGAUCUCGCCACUACACACCAGUUGCGCCUUGCCCGCCUCAACGACAUGGCACCGCAAGCGCAUAAACACAUCUGGUAUCCUUUUACGCAACAUUCAGGUCUUACACCAGCGUCACUUAUGACCAUUGAUUCGGCACAUGGCGAUUUCUUCCAAGCAUAUUUCUCAUCUCCAAAAAAUACGCUUAAGCCAACUCUUGACGGCUCCGCCUCGUGGUGGACCCAGGGCCUUGGUCACGCCAACACCAAGCUCGCUUUGGCUGCUGCACACGCUGCUGGUCGCUACGGACACGUCAUGUUUGCGGGUACGAUCCACGAACCGGCUUUAUCUUUAGCAGAGCUCUUGUUGAAGCACAUGGGCAACCCACGCUUGCAACGCAUAUUCUACUCAGAUAAUGGCAGUACGGGCAUAGAGGUUGCUGUGAAGAUGGCAUUAUCGGCGGCAUCGAAACGGUACGACUACGAGGGGAAGGAACUUGGCGUGUUGGGGCUCAGGUCGUCCUAUCACGGGGACACCAUCGGAGCGAUGGACUGCUCGGAGCCGUCAACGUACAACGAGCGCGUCCACUGGUACAAAGGACGCGGUCACUGGUUCGAUUUCCCCGAGGUAAAGAUGAAGGGGGGGAAAUGGAUCGUCGAGCCGCCCAAGGGCAUGGAAGGCGAGUUCGGCCCAACACAGACGUUUUCCAGUUUAGGAGAUGUGUUUGACAUCGGGAUGCGCAAUGCCUCAGCUGCGGCUGAAAAAUAUAGGACACAUAUCCUCAAAACCCUCGACCGCCUUGUGCGCGUGGAGGGCCAGAGUUUUGGCGCGCUUGUCAUGGAGCCUGUCCUUCUAGGCGCUGGGGGAAUGCUCCUCAUCGAUCCGCUCUUCCAAAGCACGCUGGUCUCGGUCGUUCGUGCGUCACACACUCUUUUCACCUCCAAACCAACUCCCACACUGGAUGACAAUACCUGGACUGGUCUCCCCGUUGUCUUUGACGAGGUGUUUACGGGACUUACCCGCCUCGGCCCUUUUUCGCCCAGUACGCUUCUGGGCGUGCACCCUGACAUCUCCGUACACGCCAAGCUUCUCACGGGCGGUCUUGUGCCGCUCGCUGCAACGGCUGCCAGCGAGGCCAUCUACAAAACAUUUUUGGGUGCCGAGAAGCGAGAUGCCUUACUGCAUGGCCACAGUUAUACGGCGCAUGCCGUGGGGUGUAAAGUAGCCGAGACCUCCAUCAAAGAACUACUGCAGAUGGAGGCAAGCGGGGCAUGGGAUGACUUUAAGCGACCUUGGGAGCAGGGCAAGGGAAUCGUAUGGAGCAUGUGGUCUCCUACGUUCCUUUCCGAAGUCUCUUGUCGCGCUGAAGUUGACAGUAUCGUCGCCCUUGGGUCGGUCUUGGCCAUUAAAUUGCGAGACGAGAACCCAGGAUACGCAUCCAGUGCUGCUGUCGGGUUGCAGUCCGCGCUCUUCAGUGUGAGCGGCGGUUUCAAAAUCCACUCCAGGGUGCUAGGAAAUGUGUUUUAUAUUAUGGCAAGUCAGACUACGGAGGUUAAUAUUGUUAAACAGAUUCAGGAUAUGAUACUUGAGGCGAUAUAA